AUGGCUGAAAUGUCGACUGCCGCGGAAAUCAUCGCCAAGCGAGGCGACGUAGAGUUGUAUGUGGGCAGGGCGCCUCAGACUGAGAAAAAGCUCCUCGUCUCAUCUAUGCUGCUUAGCUAUAUGUCCCCAGUCUUCGCAGUCAUGUUCGACGGGCGCUUCGCUGAAGGACAGGCUCUGACUCCAGCCUCGCCACGCGUGGUCUCUCUUCCAGAGGACGACGCGGAUUCGAUGGCUAUCGUCUGCAAGAUCAUGCACACUCGUACGGCAGAUCUUAGUGUCACCAUAACACCAACUCAGUUCGCCGACAUUGCUAUGAUUUGUCACAAGUAUGACUGUGUCGACGCAGUUCGAGCAUGGAGCAUCAUCUGGAUUGCAGACCUUCUGCAGAAGCCCACUGCUCCAGACUUUGAAAAGAUGUUAGUUGCCGCAUACCUCCUUGAUUUGGCACCAGAAUUUCUCCGAGUUUCCAAGAGUCUGAUUCGGGACCGGUGUGACCUUCUGAGCAUCUCCGCUAUGUCAAACGGCGAGGACUUUCUACCGCUUCGACUACUUGAGCGUAUCACCAAAGAACAGUAUGAGACCCAGAAGCGCGCAUUGGUGGCCUUGAAUCCGAUCGUGGCAAAGGGAAAGAUCACUUGCGAAGCCUACCAGAAGGCGAUUGGCUUCUUAUCCCAAGAAUUUCGCAAGACCCAAAUUUGGCCGCUGCAGACCAUGUCUGUUAAAGUCCUCCAGGCCUGA